AUGGCAGAAACUGGAAAGUACGUUCAAACUACCAUCCCUAAAUUUGAUGGUCACUAUGACCAUUGGACAAAGUUAAUGGAAAAUUUCUUACGCUCUAAGGAGUAUUGGAGCUUGGUGGAGCACGAAAUUGAUGGUGUUCAAGACAAAGCAAAUGCCUUAGAUGCAUAUCUCAAACCAAUAGAUAGAGAGAUUUUGGACACCAUCCUAAACGAUGAAACGUCCAAAAAUAUAUGGGAUUUCAUGAAAAAGAAAUUUCAAGGAUCCACAAGGGUGAAACGUGUGCAGUUGCAGGCCUUACGGAAGGAAUUCGAGAUAUUACAAAUGAAGGAAGGAGAGUCAGUGAACUCAUAUUUUGGCCGUACUUUAAAGAUAGCCAAAAGCAUGAAAGCAGCAGGAGAAAAAAUGGAAGAGAGUGUCAUAACUGCAAAAAUUUUGCGGUCUAUGACUACUAAAUUCAACUAUGUAGUAUGCUCAAUUGAGGAAUCCAACAACAUGAACACCUUGACUAUAGAUGAAUUGCAAAGUAGUCUAUUGGUACAUGAGCAGCGAAUGACAUGCUCAGUGGAAGAAGAGCAAGUUAUGCAAAUUGUAUUUGAGGAGAAGUAUGGAAGAGGAAGAGGAAGAGGAGCCUUCUGA